UUGGGUGCACUAUUUCCAGUCAAGGAUCUUGGUCCUCUUCAUUACUCCCUCGGUCUCAAGGUUCAGAGAUCAUCCACUGGUUUGUUUCUUUCUCAAGCCAAGUAUGCCACUAACCUUCUCACCAAGGUGCAAAUGACUAGUGCUAAACCUUGUGCCAGUCCCGUUGGUUCUGCAAAAUUGGAUCACAAUAGUGAUCUCUUACCUAAUCCUGCUAAAUAUCGCUCUAUUGUGGGGACUCUCCAGUAUCUUACUUGGACUAGGCCUGAUCUCUCAUAUGUAGUCAAUCAGAUUGGGCAGGUUGCCCUUAUGAUCGAUGAUCUACUGGAGGUUAUUGCAUAUUUCUAG